AUGAAUUAGUUAUGAGACACUGAUAUUGGAAAUAGGACUAAGGAAUGUUUUUCUGUUUUCAGAAAACAUUAAUCCGGUAUGAGUAAUGGACCUGGGUCGAACCUUGGAGGAAUGGCUGAGCAACUUGGAUCUGGGACAGUACCUGUCAAAUUUCCAUGCUGCAGGAAUCACGGAAAUUUCACAUCUGUUUGCUUUAGAUGAUGGCUUUUUGACUGAUGUUGGUGUUUCUCUUCUGGGUCAUCGUAAGAGGAUCCUUGAACACCUUCCAUCUGUUUCAGGAAGUUCAACUUGUGAAGAAGAUUAUGUAAACUGUCCCUCUCCACAGGGCUUAGGUCCUCAGGUAGAGGAUAUUUAUGCCAAUAUUCCACAAAAUGUAACAGAGAGACGACCAUCGGUGCCAAAAACUUUAGAGCCAAAGCCAAGUAUAUCAUAUUCAUUUAACAAGAAAAAACCUGUUCCAAGACCAAGAGCCUCAAAGACAGUGCGAUCCAGCCCUGGGGGCUCACAACACAGCCCUAGUGUCACCCCAGAUGAUAGCCUUCCUCCGAGUUAUGACACUGUGUUACAAAAUCGACAGGGAUCUAUCUCCCUUGGAGGUAUCACCAAUGAGGAAUCCUCCACUGAUGACAUGGAAAUAGAAAGAAGUCCAUCAGCUGCAUGGCAAAAUGUGUCUCAUGAUGUUCAUAUGAACUUUGCUGAUAAUUUUGCUGACUUUGAUUUAGGGCAGGUAAACCAUGUGCAAGAGGUGACUUCUCAGAAUGAAUUGUUCAUGUUAAAUCAUCUUAGUGGAGUACAGCAACAAAAUCAAUCUUCUCCUGGAAAUUAUGCAGAGUUUGUCAAAUUUGAAAAUGCAGGGAACAGAUCUUCAGAAACAUAUGAACCAAUAUGGAUGUCAAAGACUGACACAGAAAGAUCAGGACAGACAGAAAAGACUACUCAAGGUUUGUCACCACCUGCUGUAAGUGUAACUGCUGUUUCCACCCCAGAAGCACCACCUCCUUGCAGAACUUACUUUCCAUUUGAAGGUAAUGUAAAUGAGAGCUUUGGCAGUACUAGCACUUAUCCCACUGACAGUCCUGUGAGAAAAGAUUUUCAGUUAGAGGAGGAUGUUGUGUAUUCCAAUACAGACACUUUUAAAGAGCCAGAUAAAGCAGCACCUACCAGAUUGGCAACAUCAUCUGAUGAAAUAGGGGGUGAAAAUGGUAAAAAAGACUUGAAUGAUUCCACAGAGAGUGAUGGAUUGAACUCAUCGUUUGAUUUACCUCCCCCUGAAUUUGCACCUCCACCCCUCCCAGAUUCAGGAUCUACCAAUUCAAACCUCUCUGUAUUAUCAGAAUUUGACCCUUUAAAUGUUCCAGUCUUUCCCCCUGUACCACCACGUACCACGACUAAUUCCCAGGGUACUUCACAUGGAUAUAUUAACAUUGAUUCUGAAGCGGAAAAACGCACAAAGAUUAAUACUUCAGAAAACAGAGACAUUUAUUCUUUGGCAAACUUUUCCAGUCUGCAGGUCACCAGCACACCUAAAACCAAAAGCAAUGUCAUUCAGUCAAACUCAGACCCUUCUCCCUCUCGUUCACCUCAAGCUAGACAUCACUUCAUAUCACAGACUUCCAAUAUUUCUCUGUCUUCAGAUCCCUUCAGAGGGGAGGAUCCAUUUGGUGACUUUCAUGGGGAGUGUGAGGAAUUUAAUGAGCAGUUUCCUAAACAGAACAGUAGUGUGCGAUCAGAAGACAUGUAUGAUAAAUGUCUUUAUUCAGAAGCAAGUAGCUCUAGCAGUUUUAGUCCACGACAGACUCUGCCUCAGAGCCAUAUGAGUACCUCUUCUGAUCUGUACUCCAUGGCAUCACCGAUUCCAAACUACAGUUCCGAAGACAGUUCUGAUGCUGACGAAAAGUCCAUCGACUCCAUGGAAAAUGGACUGUCUAACUUAGCCAUGUCCCCUGUAGAAAUCGUACCUGUAGGUCAAGUCACUCAGCAAAGAAGAAAUGAAAAAGCAGGAUACCUGUUUAAACAAGGAGGGUUGAAGGGUAACAAAGGUUGGAGGAAGCGCUGGGUCCUUUUCACAGGAAAUGAUCUGCGUUACUAUGACAGCCGAAAAUCUCAAGUUUCAAAAAGAAUUGUUCCAUUGUCUUACAUGGAGAAGGUUGAAACACUUGUCAAGGAUAGCGACAAGGACAAAUUCAAGUUUAACCUCCAUACCACCAACCGUGUGUUCCAGUUCGCCGCUGAUUCUCUACAGGAAUGUACCUUGUGGUGCAGUACCCUGAUGGAAUGUAUCCUCAAGUACAAGGCACCACCUGGUGGAGAACCUGUAGGACUGGAUAUGAAUGAGCCAGAUAAACAGGGUUAUAUUAAAUUUGAGAGACGCAACAAUAAGUAUUAUGUGGCAGUAAAACAAGCAAAGAUGUGUUAUUACCACUCCGAACAGGAUUUUAAACAAGGAUCUCCUAUAAACGAAAUAGACAUGAAAUUAGCAGCUGUUAAAGAAGUCGGCAAAGGAAAGCUACAGUUAUCUACACAUUAUGCCCACUUUCUAUUGAUGCCAGAGAGCUACAGUGAGUGCGUGCUCUGGAAAAUGGCAUUUGAAGAGGCAAUAGCUGAUGGUCUCGGUGACAAUACGAUUCUUGACCAAGUGAUGGAGAACCCCAGUAACAGAGUCUGUGCUGACUGCUCUGCUGAAGAUCCACACUGGGCCUCCAUUAAUAUGGGUAUUGUGUUGUGUAAAAAAUGUGCAGGGAUUCAUCGGAAUUUUGAGCACUCCCUAUCACGUGUUAAAUCUCUCCGUAUGGAUACCAAAAUAUGGACGCCAAGUCUUAUUGAGCUGAUGAAGGCCAUUGGAAACAGAAAUGCUAAUGACUUUUGGGAGCAUAGUCUACCACGAGACAAGAGGAUAAACUCUGACACAUCAGCCCCCCAUAGAAAAGCCCAUAUAGAAAAUAAAUACAAAGCCAAGCUUUACUGUGAUAAAAUUUCCAUAUCAGACAACCAAAAAGCACUCAAUGAGAUGUUAUUAGCAUUGAGUGAAAAUGAAAAUUUAUUGGAGACAAUGAAAGUUUUCUUCUCAGGUGCCAAUAUUUACUUUACAAAUAGUGAAGGUGAAAAUGCAUACAAGAUAGCCAAACGUUUUGGACAAAGACUCACCAUGGAAUUUCUUUAUCAGAAUGGAGGGGAUCGUUCCUCCAACACUUACAGUGAUAAUGAUGAGAUUCAGGCAGCCAAGUUACGUGGUGAAGUCUGUUUAGACGGUUAUCUACAAAAGACAGGAAGUAAAAAGAAAGAUUUCUUAAGGAGGUGGUGUGUUAUUGAACAUGGAUGUCUGCGAUAUUUUUCAAGUCAAACUAGUUCUGUAGCUAAGGACAGCGUGGACAAUGAUGUCAUGAUGUGUGUCCAAGCCGUUACUAUCUCGGACAAGUCAUUGUCUAAUGUGAGAAACUUAAAUAAAAGGUAUCCAGAGGCAUUUGAGCUAAGCACCUGUAAAAAAGACAACAGGGAGUAUUUAUUUGCGGCUUCCACUCCUCAAGAAAAGAAAAGCUGGAUGGUUGCAUUAGCUAAGUUAUUUUGUCCAAUCUCCUUAAUGGAAGAUGUUGGUCAAUCAGAGUUUAACUUGGCUGGUAACUUCUAUAUCAAGGAUGUAAUCUCUGACUGGGAGAAAACAUGGUUAAUGAUCAACAACAGAAUAUUGGAGUACUAUGACCAGAAUAAACAAGAAUUCUGCAAAAUUGAUCUCAGGAAAGCUAUUAAUAUUAAAUACAGUGAAUCCACUCUUGCAUGUAAAGUCUGUAUGGAAGUGGGCAAAUGUUUGGCACUAGAUGUUCAUGGAAAGUCACUGUAUUUUCAAGCAGAUUUAGCUCGUGACACAGAGAGGUUGUUAAAUGCAUUCAGUAGAGCCAUGAAAACAGGAGGGGACACAUUAGAGGAUCAACAUCUAUCUCCUUCCAAUGUUCCAGUGAUCAUUGAAAAGUGUGUCUGUUUCAUUGAAGACUAUGGUAUACAAGAGGAAGGAAUCUACAGACUCUCAGGGGUUAAAUCCAAAGUACAGGCUCUGCUGGACAAAUUCAUGUCAGAUGCCCACUCUGUGGUGCUUCAACAGGGAGUGAACCAGGUCCAUGAGGUGGCAGCUUGUCUGAAAUUAUUCUUCCGUAGUCUCAAGGACCCCCUGCUCAUGAGUUCCAAGUAUCCCAUGUGGAUAGAAAAUGCUGAUGAUAUUAUGCAUGGUCGUAUGGAUCCACAAGUGAAGUUAGAGUGGUACCAGUUUCUGAUCCGAGAGCUUCCUCCCAUUAAUUACAACACACUCAAGAGACUUAUACACCACUUCAACAGGCUAUCAAAGUACUCAGCUCAGAACAAGAUGACAGAAAAGAACAUUGCUAUUGCAUUUGGUCCAACAUUGAUGCAGACUGAAGCUGAAUCUGAAGUUAACAGUACGCACGUACAGUUACAGAUGGUUGUGAUAGGAGACAUCAUGAAACAUCACCAGAAACUAUUCAAGUUGGAGGAUGAAGAAAAGAUGAUGCAGGAGAAAGUAGACAAGGGAAAACAGAUUUUAGAAGUGAUAAAUAACAACAGAGAAAGCGUGGAUAUUAACGAGUCUUUGAAGAUCAGUGUUUACUUUCUGAGUCGUAAUGGCAACACCUACAACCCAGAGAUUAAUAUUCACACCACUGUAAAACAAGUGAUCGAUCAACUGAAACGCAAAUUUAAUGCGACCCAUGAAGAUUACACCUUACAUGAAGUGCUGUGUGAUGGAGGCUUAGAGCGUCCCCUCCACAACACAGACACCCCCCACUCUGUGGUCAAGGCUUGGUGGGACUGGCCAGAGUGUUACAGAAAGCAGGCCUGUCUCUGUCUAAAGCCCACAUCUGAUCUCAUGCUUAAACUGUCCAACAUGUACGAUCCGAGUCGAGCCCUGUUUGCAGAUAUAAAGUUGAUAGAAAAGAAACCUUUGGGAUUGCUGAGUAAAUCCAAUAAGUAUGCAUUCCAGUUCCAGCAGUCCAGACUGUCAUACUACAAAGAUGCCAAAUCAGCUGGUGGUUCACCGGUAGGGUCCUGGAAUAUUGAAGAUUUGGUCAUAUAUUAUGGAAUGGAUCCCUUAGUUAGGAAAGGUGACAAGUAUGGAGUCACAUUUCUUAAAAAAGGAGAAAUACCUGGGUCUAAGGAGACCCCAAUUUUUGGGCACACUUUGUGCUUUUCUUCAGAAAGCGAGUCACUAUAUUGGAUGUCUGCUAUGCUUGUAGCUCAGCACCCUGAAGGAUUGCUAGUUUGAGGGUGCAGGGAUUUAGCAGUAUGUAGGUGUAAAUACACUCCACAUAUCCACACAUCCGUAGGAGGCUGAGAUGGAAGACACUGGUUAUAAAGAUCACUACAAAGCUUCUCCUGUGGUGUUCAAGUAAUCUGACAUAUCUUUGUUGAAGUGCACAGUUUGAGUGAUUUAUACGAAAUACACUUACAUGAAUGAAGAACUACUUAAUUUUUUAAUGACCUGUAUUCUCCAUGUAGUAUGCAUUUCAAUGUAAAAAUUUCAUUCAUUUACACUGUAUGUGAGAUUUCUCUAAACACAUUGCCAGAACUAUGUUUGGAAUAUUUGUUCGGCUUAAGAUGCAAGGAAGUACUAAGUUUUCAGUGGGUUGUACAUCAUUUUUCCAUCAAUUUUUUCAGACAAAUCAACACAUUUAAUCACUAUUCCUGUGUUCUACCUGUAUAAAUUAUGGGUGUGUUUGAGAAAUACAGUGUGUUAAUGUGUUUAAAAAAAUUUGUAUCAUGGCUGUGGUGUUUUUCCUUUGAAGUCAAGUGUACAAUAACUGGAGAUACACCGAUGGGCGGAGCCAGCAAAACUGUGCCGUGUAAAUAAAUCAUUGAACACCAAGGCGAUUUCAACAUUUUAAAUUACAUGUAUAUUGAAUCCGAAUUACAGAAUGAAAUGGGCUUUGUUAUAUACAGAGACAAAAUUUUGUACGGAACUCUGCAAAUAUUCGAUCCACCGCAUCGAGAAAUCAAGUUCUUGACAUGAAUUCCACAAAUAAAUACCUUAAAAUGUCACACCUGUUGUAAUAGAGAUUUUUAGCAGGAUAUACCAUCUUUGCUGUAUUCUUUGCUCAACUAGAAUAAAGUUCAGCUGCACUGCAUCCAUAGAUGAAGAGUUAUUAACACAGCGUUUUUGUUCAUGCCACAGCUCUCGAAUAUGUCAAAUGAUCAACGGGUAUCUUUUCUUUCUUGAUUUUCGAUUAACACCUGAAUUUCCCUUCUUCAACUUCGAAUUUUUCAUCCUUGAUAUCCAAAAGUUUUAUUUUGAAUUUCAUUAACAAUCCGUUUUUAUAUUAAGUUGGAGAGCUGCAAUCUGAUGUCUUUUCUCAUGAACACACACAUAAAAUGUGCGAAUUAAAAAAUACUGGCGGGAAGGAGAGAAUAUCCAUGCGGUCACCUGACAAAAACUAUAUUUUUUUAUUUUUGUAAUUAAAAAUCAUGCUUGAAAAUUUGGGACGUAACAAUUAUUGACGUUUUGAUUGGCCAUGAUACAAGAAAGUUAUUGAAUAUUUAUUAUGGUGUAUCCUGAUUUAUUUGGACGAAGGGGCGGAGAC